AGUGUUCGGGUCGGAGCCGCACUGCAGCACACACGUUAAUGGCGUACAGUGAAUAUUUAACGGAUUGGAUGACCGAAAAAGAAGAAUUAUGCUCAUUUUCCCCUUCGUCUGAAUCGUCUCCCGGCUCCUCCAUACCAGCCUCUCCUCUAGAACAUGACGUUCAGGUGCCCUCUGAUUUGCACAUCAUGACGUCACUCUUGCAAGAGGAACUUUCUCAGUUUGAGGAUUAUUUUCUCUCAGACUUCAGCCCAGCCAAAGUGGAGAAAUGGCAAAAGAGCCACAAAAGUGUACAAGGAAUGGAUUCUACCUUGUGCUACGAAUUUCCAUAUGCUUCACACAGCCCAAGCCAGUCAGAAACGAACCCGCUGCUUGUUAGCUUAGGGGAACUCGAUCAGGUGGGCUUCUGUGGAGGUCCAAUUGGAAGACCCAAAAUGUUGCGACCCACAGCAUUCAACAACGUUCCUUCACACUACAGUGGUCGAAGGGUGGCUCCCAAUACAUUCAGGGAAGGCAUGGACUCACAAAAGCAGCUAUGGAGUUUACAGAAAGAAGCAUGGACUUCCAAAGAAAGCUACUCAGGUUUUGAUAGCAUGGUCGUUGACCAUAGCUCUGUGGACAGAACUUUUGGGAAGAACACAGGAGGUGUUAAGAAGGUCAAAGAAUGUGCCAUAUUGUUGAAGGAAGAAGAAAACUAUUGUUUCCGUGGUGAUGUUUUCUGUAGUGUCGAGAUGGCCCCUGGUUAUUGUAUGGGUGGACCCUUGAACUCCCACUCCAAGAAGGAGGGCCAUCUGAUGCAUGGGAUGAAGAAUGUUGGUUGGCAGGAAAGGAUGGAUAUUCCAUUUUUGCAGUGCAACGCCAAUGGGAGGAACUUGGAAUACUCCGAGCCAGAGGCCACUGAGGAGUACUUCUACCAGCACGGUGUCGGUGCAGCAGAACCUUGUCCUGGCUUCAUAGACCCCCUAGACGCUUCAGUGAAAGGGGGCGUCUCGGAGACCCAGCAGGGUCACCGGCCCUACCACGAAUGCCUUGGAGAGAGCUUUGAAUGUGUCUUAGGAGGGGACAGCGUCAUGUCUGCCAUUCACAGGCCAAUGCAGAGACCAAAGGACAAACUCUGUGCGCUGAAAGCAGACCUGAAGGCUGUCCCGUUGGAUGGACAUCCUGUAGAGCGAAAGCAGAAGAAACGAGACCAGAACAAAACUGCUGCUCACAGGUAUCGUCAACGUAAGAGGGUGGAGCUGGACUGUCUGGAGGCGGAGCUUUCGGGACUAGAGGGGCAGAACCGAGCGCUCAGAGACAAGGCGGAGUCAGUAGAGCGUGAGAUUCAGUAUGUCAAAGAUCUUCUCAUCGAGGUCUACAAGGCUCGUAGCCAGCGCAUUAAAGAUGAUAUCAGUGCCUAAUUCUCCCAUUAGCCAGCUGUGUAAUCAGUGGAACUGUGGAAAAGAACACAAGGAACAUGUGGUUUGUCGAGUACCUCUGCACUACCUCAUUGGACCAGAGGGGGGAGCCUGGAAGGACAUUUUUAAAGCUGCAAGUUAUAAACUGAAUGCAGGAGACAUGCAGUACAGGUUUGCACCUGUUGACCAACCCAAGAAUUUUAAUUAUGGCCCUACAGCUUGCUGCUAAAACAUAAAAGCUGACUUUGGUGAUUCACAUACGUCGCUGUCAACAUGCUGACCUUCAAAUAUCAUAAGUACUCUCACUGUUGCAGAUUUUCUGAAGUGCUUUGCCACAUCAUUAAUGUUGUUAAAAUUAUGUGGGAGAAACCUUACCUUACUUACUCACUUCACAUAUGACAAACGUUUAAGCACAUAUAAUUGAAUGCUAAAGAGCUGUAUGAUUUACCAAAGUUUUAAUCUAAAAUUGAAAUCUCAGUUUUCAAACACAUUCCCAGACUAUGAAUCUAUUUCCUGAAACAUGUGUUUCUUAAAUUGCAGCGGUAUGGUAUGGCAUUUUUGUAUAUGUAUAUAUAUAUGUGUGUGUGUGUGUGUGUGUGUGCGUGUGCGUGUGCGUGUGUGUGUGUGUAUACAGGACUAAGACUCAUACAUAUCAAAAAGGAGUUACAAAGACAAAGAAAUUAUAGUGUAGAAAUACAAAUAAAGAUGAGAAAAGCCCUGAUUCUAGCUCGCAAACUAGAAUCACGUCGCCCACUCCAAGGAGAAUUGACCUAAGGGGUGACAUGAUAUAAUUGACAUGGCGUGCAAUGGAUCGAUAAAAAAACAGAUUGCGCAAAUACCCAACAUUUUUUUUGCAGACGCCCUAUACUGCCCCCAGCAAGUUGUCGCCUUGGGCAUAGUAUGACUAUGACUGUAUACUAUAACUCAUGAUGGCUUUUGACAUCUAUUUAAGGAUUAAAGAUUAGAUAUCUUCAGUGAACUAGACUCUGAAUGAUGGCGUUAAGAAUCAUGUCCUGGAAAAUUACAGUUACAGUUUUGAGAAAUGUUUCAGGUACUGAGUCAGACAUAGAAAAUGUAAAAGUAAUAAAUAUUGUAAUAAAAAAAAGGGUUUAUCAAUCUGUUUCACAGACUGAUAAUUGUAAGGCAUCAAUUGACCAUAGGACACACAUAUUUUUUUUUAAAGAGCAUUCUCGCACCAUUUGGGGUCCAGUGAUUUAAAUGUUUUGAAUACAGUACAAUUUUCAACAUAUUGUAAAACAGACAACUACAGUAUGUCUUAGGUGAAGAACAACUCGGAAAUAUGGGCUGGUCAAUUUGGGUGAGCAUGUGUAUUAACAGAACUUUACACAGUGCAGUCUCCUGAUAGGGAUCACAUUACAAAUGAAAUUAAGAUUUAGGUAAGAAUGGUCAUGGAAAGUCUGGAAUUAUACUGUUUUCUUUAUCGUCACUAAUCAUGAAUGAUGAAUAUUGAGCAGUAAUAUUGAGAAAUAUAAAAACGUAAAAACAAG